AUGACCCAAGAAAUCAUCUUUUGGAAGCAUGCAAAUAAAUCAAGGUAUAUCUGUGUACAAAUUAAAGAAGUCUUUGAUUGGUGUUCGCUCUUUCUGUAGGUAUAUAAAUCCAACAAAACCCACAAACAAUUUCAACAAUCAAAUCAAAGUUUCAAGAAAAGCAAAGAAUUCGGCCAAGGAUCGGAGAGGUUGAAAUAAUAUAAUGGAUUCAAGGAAGUUUACACUACCUCUGAACUAUGAAGAUUUUGAUCCAGAUUUUGAUCAGGUACAAGAGCCUCAAGUUGACACUCUCCUCAUUUAUUUACCAGGUUUUAGGAAGGAGGAGAUAAGGGUUCAAUUAACCGGAACAGGAAUCCUGAAGAUCAGCGGUCAGCGGCGGCUCGAAGGCGACAAAUGGAAGCGGUUCUUGAAACAAUUCCAGGUUUCAUCCAACUGCGACACCCACCGGAUCAGUGCCAAAUUCGAAUCCGGCACUCUCUACAUAACACAGCCCAAACUCAUCAUCCCUGCAGCAGUGGAAAAACCCGCAGAUUCAGAAGAACAGAAAACGAAGGAAGCUGCAGAACCGAAAGGCGGAGAAUCGGAGGAUUCUGAAAGCGACACGACGGAAUCGGAGAACACUUCCGACAAGGAAGGCGUAGGCGCGGCUUCAAGAACGGAACCGGGUGAGGAUGAUUCUUCGGAUAAGAAAGCGGCGGAUGAUAAAAGGGCCGCCGUCGCUGGGAAAUCUGAUGGGGAGAAAAGUGGCGGCGACGGAAAAGCUGCAGUAAUGGAUGGUUACAGUGGCAAUGCGCAGCUUAAGAGGUCAAGAAAGAUGAUGAAUGUGGCUUUGGUGGUUCUGUUGGUUGUUGGUGUUGGGUUGUAUCUUAACAGCAAGAUGAGGUCUUCGUCGUCCAAUGAUGCUGCUGGAGAGCUGUGAAGAUUUACGUAAUAAUAAUUCAUAAUAUUAUCAGUGAUUAAAGUGUAUAUUGUUGAUCCAAUUGAAUGUGGUAUUUCUGUGUGUGUUCCAUGUUAUUGUAAAUAUAUAUAAUACUAAAUAUUAAUUAAUUGAUCUUGUAGAAAGUGGAAA